AUGCCCCCCAUCAAUGUCCGGAACCAAGCCGAGCUGCAAGCCCAGAGGACCAAGCUCACGAACUCUUACAAUGAGCUCCUGGACGAGUUCUCGUCCGCGGACCUCCGCUCCGUCGGGAACUAUCAGCUCGGCCGCCUCAUAGGCAAAGGCUCCUUCGGCAAGGUUUAUCUGGCUUCUCACAAACUUAUGCACGGGUCCAAGGUUGUGCUCAAGUCUGCCAACAAAAACGACUCCAACCUGGCCCGCGAGAUCCACCACCACCGGCAAUUCCUCCAUCCACACAUCGCUCGCCUCUACGAGGUCAUAGUGACCGAGACGCUGGUGUGGCUUGUGUUGGAGUACUGUCCAGGGGAUGAGCUCUACAACCACCUCCUCCGAACCGGGCCCAUGGAGCCCGCCAAGGUCCAGAAGAUUUUUACUCAACUCGUUGGCGCCGUCUCAUACAUCCAUCUGAAGUCCUGCGUACACCGCGAUCUUAAGCUCGAGAACGUUUUAUUGGACAAGCAUGGGAACGUCAAGCUAGUGGAUUUCGGCUUUACUCGCGAGUAUGAGGGCAAAUCGAACUACCUCCAAACCUGGUGCGGGACUGUCUGCUACAGCGCUCCGGAAAUGCUCAAGGGCGAAAAAUACGGAGGAGAAAAGGUCGAUGUGUGGAGUCUUGGCGUCAUCGCGUACGCUUUGCUGUGCGGAGAACUGCCUUUCGACGAAGACGAUGAAAACGAGACGAAGAAGAGGAUAUUGAAGGAAGAGCCGAAAUAUCCGGACCAUAUGCCUGAACAGGCGAAGGACUUGAUCGUCAAGCUUCUCUCAAAGCGUCCGCUUCUACGGCCUACACUACCCGAAAUUCUCCAACAUCCAUGGCUUUCCGAGCACGCGCCUCAGCAGCAGGCGAUCCUGAAGCUGCAACAGCCGCCUCCUUUCACUACCGAGCUCGAGAAGGAGACUCUCCAACGGAUGCGCAGUGCUGGGGUGGAUAUCGACAAGGUCAUCGAGAACGUGUUGGCUCAGCGCUGUGACACCUUGGCAGGAUGGUGGGCUUUGCUGCUGGAAAAAGAAGAACGAAAGGCCAAGAGACGGGAGCGCAAGAGGAAGGAGCGAGAGGCUGAGGCAAAGAGUUUACGCAGAUUGAGUGCUGCUAGCAGAGCCAGUAGCAGGCUUGAUCGUCUUGCUCCGACAAUCAGGGAAAUUGAUGAAGAAGGCGCCCCUAUCCCAACGCUUGGAGAGCCGCCGAAGAGUAGAGGCAGGAACAGGGAGCGGACGUCCAUCGCGACGUCCGCCAGCCCCGACUUGCCUCUAGUGCCCGAGGCGUCCAGAUCACCGAACAACGACAAGCCCCCGCCUCCGGUAGAAAAGGAUCGGCGUGUCAGUUCUUCGAGAGGACGGCCGUCGCUUCCGCCAAAGGAGUUCACGCGUUCGCGAAGGAGCAGCAGCAUGCUCCAUGUCGUCACGACAAAUCCAGAGUUACUCGGGCCCAACGGAUUCGUCCCUUCGAAGCGGCGACGGAAAUACCAGCAACCUUUCCUCGCGCAGUUGGCAUCGCUCAAACACUGGUUCAAAGAGUCGGCGAAACGCGCAAGAUCCAGAUCACCAGGUUCGAAAAACAGCAAAUCUCCGAAAGCGAAUCAAGGCAAGCUCACCAAGCCAGACGACACUCGGAGGCCUUCAGCAGCUACGACUACGAACACCGCUCGACCCGUGUCCCAAGUCCGACCGGACUCACAGAACCGCGCGAGCUAUAUAGGAACGCCGCAGCGCCCACGAGUUUCCACCAGAGCAAGCAGUGGGUCGAACAAGAGGGCGUCUCUCUCCCCAGCGCCCAUGACGCCCCGCUCAUCCUACCGACGCAGUUCUGCCGGGCUCCGGGGCCGCAAAUCCACCUCUUCCUCCGUCUCGUCGAUUCGUACCAUUCACCAUGCUCACAGCCAUUCCAAGGCAUCAUCCACCUCCUCUGCAUCUCUAGCCUCGCCAUCGGUAUCGAGCCGAGCUGGGCGCAGCCCCCAUCAGUCUGUCAAGGUACUUCCGGCGACUCCUACUGGCACUGGGUUCCCUUCCAACAUCCGUCUUGUACGAGCUACGGCGGCGGAGUCUGCCGCUGCGUUUGGCGGCCUUCCGCCACCAAGCCCCGGCGUGCUUUUCGCAAAGAAGAAACGGAGCCCGUUCAAAGGCCCCGGGCUCAGUUUGAAUACGGGCGGGAGCCCAGUCGCAAGGAGCCGCGGCGAAGGCGGAAGCAGGACCAGCAGCGUGCAGGGACGGAAGAGUGGCGAGCUCGUCAUCGCGGAGGAAGACGAAGAUAUUCUAGAGGAGGAGGAAGAAGAAGAGGAAGUGGAAGAAGUGGAGGCAUUUUCGCCCGUCUUGGCCCCUGGCGAAUAUCUCGAGGAGUCGCCGCAAGAUCUCAACCUAUCUGAGGAGCCGCCGCCACCGGAGACCCCAAAAACAGCUCCCUAA